CAAACUCCACCGCUUCCUGUCCCCACCAAAUUCGCUAGGGUUUCCGAGCCACAAAUUAUUUUUCAUUGAUUUGGUGCUUCUUCCCACUUCGCGAUCUGUGAUUCCGUUUUCCUUCGACCAGCACAUCGACAACAGCCGCCAAAAUGGGUAGAGGACCAAAGAAGCACCAGAAGCGCCUUAGCGCCCCCAGCCACUGGCUCCUGGACAAGCUGUCCGGUGUCUAUGCGCCUCGCCCAUCCGCUGGUCCUCACAAGCUCCGCGACUGCAUGCCCUUGAUUGUCUUCGUCCGCAACAGACUCAAGUAUGCGCUCAACUUCCGCGAGACCCGCGCCAUCCUCAUGCAGCGCCUGGUCAAGGUUGACGGCAAGGUCCGCACCGACAUGACCUACCCCGCCGGCUUCAUGGACGUCAUCAGCAUCGAGAAGACUGGCGAGAACUUCCGUCUCGUCUACGACACCAAGGGUCGCUUCACCGUCCACCGCAUCGGUGACGAGGAGUCCAAGUACAAGCUCGGCAAGGUCAAGCGUGUUCAGCUCGGCCGUGGUGGUGUCCCAUUCUUGGUUACGCAUGAUGCGAGAACCAUCCGCUACCCCGACCCCUUGAUCAAGGUCAACGACACCGUCAAGAUCAACCUUGAGACUGGCAAGAUCGAGGACUUCAUCAAGUUCGACACUGGUGCCAUCGCCAUGGUUACCGGCGGUCGUAACAUGGGUCGUGUUGGUGUCAUCACCCACCGCGAACGUCACGAUGGUGGUUUCAACAUUGUCCACCUCAAGGAUGCUAUUGACAACUCGUUCGCCACCCGUGAGACCAACGUUUUUGUCAUUGGCCAGGACAAGCCCUGGAUCUCCCUGCCCAAGGGCAAGGGUGUCAAGCUCACCAUUGCUGAGGAGCGUGACCGCAAGCGCGCCCUUGGCAACUAAAUUCACUGAGAAGUGGGUUUGGUGCUUAAUGAAUCAACGGGAAAACGGGCAGCAGGAAUUGGGAUCAAAAAGGAUGGCGUUAGCGGAUGUCACUUUAGGUUAGGCUCAUGACAGCACAUUGAGCCUCCUGGCUUAACUAGAUACCACACCCGGGUCAGGAUUCGGCCCCCAAUAACUGCACUGCUCUCCCGCUGAGAUAUUUUUGCUGCUGCCAGUGAGUGACUGUAUGUGAUUGCCACAUGUCCCUAUCUUUGAUGACGAGACAAUGGUGGUGUCGACCCCCAUUCCCACCCCCGUAGAUGUUCUGUGGGUUGCCCCGCGGGAGGAUCAUCUUCCUUGGCCAGAUCUUUCAGUGUGUGGGUGUCCUUGUGGGUGUCCUUGUGGUGUCAUGGCGGUGAGGCAUCACAUCUUGAAUCCCCUGCAUCCAGCAAGCCACAUCGAACGAUUUUUUUUUUUUUUUGUUUUUUUCUUUCCUAGGAGCAAUACAGGAAACCGAAACGCGAGUUUAGCAAGGUGGAGGUAGGGUAGGGGACCUUGGUGGAGAGAGAACUGCAACACCCCCGCUCUGCUGCAGCGAGUCCGGAUCCGUCUUCUUGCAUGCAAGUUUGUCUGCCUACCGCAAGUUUGUGAUUCCUGGUCAUUGGUGCUUGUGAUGGGGG